UUGAGUUUUGUCUUUAAAUUAUUAUAUAUAAAUAGUAUGAUCAGGAGAAAAUAUCGGAGAAUAAGGAAUGUUAUACUUUGCCUAGUGUUACUUUUCUGCAUAAGCUUGCUGAACUUUAAUAAUGAUAAAACUGAAAAAGGAUAUUGUCCUUCUGAUACACUUUUUGAAACUGUGCAUAUAUUUAACGCCAUAGCUGAAGCUAAAUCAGAAUGGAAAUCGGUGGAAUAUAUUGUGAUAAAUGUUCUUGAUGGUUCUACAUUCCGAUCAAUAUUUGAAUGUUGUAUGUUUGGAAAGAACAAGUCAAACAUGCAUCGAUCUAAGGCAUCAGUCGAAGACAGUUUUAAGCACAGAUUGAUGCAGCCUGAACUAGCGGCUAAGCAAUUUAAGUGUUCAAUAAAGACCAUUAAGUUCAAGCCAGUGCAUAUAGGACUGGUUGAAAAUGGAAACUCCUGUGAUCCAUGUAUUACAGUCACGUCUCUCAUUUAUCCUUUAGUUAUGGAACAUGGUGCAGGUGUGUGUGCGAAAAUUGCUUUUAAUUAUCUCAAUCCUACAAAUCUAAUUGAGUGGUUUGAAUACCAGAUAAUGAUGGAUGUAGAUACAGUUGUAGUUAUGUUGCAAUACAUAAAUGACGAAGCAUUCAAAGUUUUUAAGUACUACAAGAAAAAAGGUUUAUUGAAAAUUUUGCCUUAUCCUUUAGAACUACCAGGAAAAACAGAUCGUGGAUUUGAAUCAACUAAUUGGAACAUUGAACAAAGCGGUCAUGAUGAGCAAGUUGCUGUUUAUACAUGCCAGGCAUAUUUACAAGGAUAUGGACUAGUUGCAAUCAUCGAUUUUGACGAAUUCAUUGUGCAGGAUAAAUUCAUAUCAUACAAACACAUGGUAAAGUCGGAAUUAUUACCAUUGUAUCCCCAGGCUGCAGCAUUUACAUUCAAUGUUUCUUUCUUUAUUACGGAUUGGGGAGUUUCAGGAGUACAACCACUUCUCACAAGUCAAUAUAUUCAAAGAACAAAUCCCCGAUAUGAGCGAUAUAAAAAUAUGUACAUCCCAAAAAGAACGCAAAAUGUGAACACACAUGAAGUCCAGCCAAAAGCAGGAUACAAAAGAAUUUCACUAAGAUCCCAUAAUGUUGUUUUACAUCACUACAGAACAUGUCCAAAUGAUCUCAAGUGGAAAUAUUGCAUGCAUUUUACACCAAUUAUAGAUAAGAAGAUGCUGAAAUUGAUGCCAACGUUGCUUAGGAAUGUGAUGUCUGUCAAGGAGCAAAUUGGUAUCAUCUGAUGUUUGAUAUGAAGAAUAGCAAAUGAAAUAUGCAAUUGUUUGCUUUUUCAAGUAAAGAAAUUAAUGUGAAAUGAUGUUGCAAAUUAAAAAAAAUGAGGGUUUUGUUCUACAA